GAUUUAAUUUCAACGCAGAAACAACGGAUUCAGUAGGCAGUGGACCCGGGCGUCUUGCCGAAGCCAAGCCCAUUGUCUGCUUUUGACAGAGCAGCCAAGGAAAACCGUUCGAUUAAAUCACUAAAAGGGAGCGGAUAGCCACGAAAAGGAGUAUCUAGUAGUAGGUAGGCAUUGCGGUUUGUGAUUUACAGAAAAGGGCAGGACACGGCCAAAUCGCUUAGUACAUAGCUUAUAACGGAAAAUGAACCACAUCAAGUUUUAAUAAUAUGAGUAAGAACCGCGUUGUGUUGCAAUUGGCGACCAAUUGAUGCGUCUGUGCCGUCGUUUUCAGACCACUAGUUCCCGCGGACUCCUUUUGAUCACAUCAUUUUGAAAUUGUUACAUCGGGUCUAUUCAUUUAUUUUCCUAUUGUAAAGAGUUACUUGUUCAAACCAAGAUGAAUUUCCAAUCUGGGUCGGUGUCCGGUAUCUCGCAGCAGUCCCAACCGGCCAUGUCCACCCCAGGCACGGUCCCAGCGCCCGUUCCGGUACCAGUACCCCAGUCCAUCCCGUCCCAGUUCGGAUCAGGAUCAUCCGGAGGCUCAGGGCAGGGUCAGUUCGGUUCGGGAACAGUAUCGGGCCAGGCUUCCCAGGCCGGCCAACAAGGCAACCAGCAGUUUGUUUUGUCCAACUCGGCAGCCAUCCGGGCUGAGAUCCAUCGGUUCGAAUCGGUCCACCCGAACAUUUACUCAAUCUACGACCUGAUCGAACGCAUUGAUGACCUAGCCCUCCAGAACCAGAUCCGAGAACAUGUGAUCUCUAUUGAAGACUCUUUCGUCAACAGCCAAGAAUGGACAUUGAGUCGAUCAGUGCCAGAGCUCAAAGUGGGUAUUGUGGGUAAUCUGUCGAGCGGGAAAUCGGCCCUUGUCCACCGGUACCUGACAGGCACGUACGUGCAGGAGGAAUCCCCUGAAGGUGGUCGGUUCAAGAAGGAGAUGGUGGUUGAUGGACAGAGCUACCUGCUGCUGAUCAGAGACGAGGGAGGCCCCCCGGAGCUGCAGUUUGCAGCGUGGGUAGACGCUGUGGUGUUUGUCUUCAGUCUGGAGGAUGAGAUCAGUUUCCAGACAGUCUACAACUACUUCCUGCGUCUGUCCAGCUACAGGAACACAGCAGAGGUCCCCAUGGUCCUGGUCGGGACGCAAGAUGCCAUCAGUGCUGCCAACCCCAGAGUGAUCGAUGACUCACGGGCCAGGAAGCUGUCCAACGACCUGAAGCGUUCCACCUACUACGAGACUUGCUCCACCUACGGCCUCAAUGUGGAGAGAGUCUUCCAAGAUGUUGCCCAGAAGGUGGUGGCUCUGAGGAAAAAGCAGCAGCUGUCUAUUGGUCCGUGCAAGUCCCUUCCCAACUCGCCUAGCCACUCAUCAGUCCCCAACGCAUCCCUCCCCUCUGUGCAUAUUAACCAGGCGGCGAAUGGCGGGGUUGCGUUCAGCGACUACUCCUCCUCGGUGCCUUCCACUCCCAGCAUCAGCCAGAGGGAGAUGCGCAUCGAGACCAUCGCCGCCUCCAACACGCCCACACCCAUCCGCAAGCAGUCCAAGCGCCGCUCCAACAUCUUCACAUCACGGAAAGCCAACAGUGAACAGGCAAAGACCACUGACAGUAAAACAGAUAGCAUAGGCAGUGGAAGGGCCAUACCCAUCAAACAGGGCAUCCUUCUGAAGAGAAGUGGGAAGUCCCUGAACAAGGAGUGGAAGAAGAAAUACGUCACACUUUGUGACAACGGCCUCCUCACCUACCACCCAAGUUUACAUGACUACAUGCAGAACGUGCACGGGAAAGAGAUUGACCUGUUGAGGACCACGGUCAAGGUGCCAGGGAAACGACCACCCAGAGCGGUCACCACUAUCGCCCCCACCGCCAGUCCCAAGACAAACGGGCUGACCAAGGACCGCAGCACCAUGCAGCUGGGCGUAGGCACCACAGGUGCGCCCCAUUCUAACAGCAAUACAUCCCUCCAGUCAGAGCGUUCGGUCAGCGGAGGAGGUCUGGUGGGCUUCGGUGGCAGUAAGGACAGCAUGCACCAACGCUCCUUCUCUGUUUCCAGUGCCGACCAAUGGAACGAGGCCGUCAUCAACACCAGUGCAAGCACCGGGGCCGCCAACGGGAUGGGCGAGCCCCUAACCUGCAGCUCUGGAGUGGGCAGUGCUACCAGUCCCAAGCUGGAGCCUCCCCCCUCACCUCACGCCAACCGCAAGAAACACAGACGGAAAAAGAGCACGGGCAUCACCAAGCCAGACGGGCCGUCUACAGGCAAUGAAGAGUCGGAGGAGUCGUUUGAGUUCAUUAUCGUGUCUCUGACGGGCCAGAUGUGGCAUUUCGAGGCGUCUACGUUUGAGGAGAGGGAGCUGUGGGUCACAGCCAUCGAGAGCCAGAUCUUUGCCAGCCUGCAGUCCUGCGAGAGCAUGAAGAAUAAGUCCCGGUUAGGCAGCCAAAGUGAUGCAGCGUCCAUUCAGUCCAUAAGGAACGUGAGAGGGAACAGCAUCUGUGUGGACUGUGAUGCAGCCAACCCGGAUUGGGCCAGUCUUAACCUGGGGGCUCUGAUCUGUAUCGAGUGUUCAGGGAUCCACAGGAACCUGGGGACCCACCUGUCAAGGGUCCGCUCCCUGGACCUGGAUGACUGGCCCGUGGGGCUCAGCAUGGUGAUGAUGGCUAUAGGCAACGCUAUGGCCAACAGUGUCUGGGAGGGGGCCCUGGAGGGGUACACGAAGGUGGGCGCUGACAGCACCAGGGAGGAAAGGGAGCGGUGGAUCCGGGCUAAGUAUGAGCAGAAGCUGUUCCUGGUGGGUCUCCCCCAGUCGGAUGUGCCCCUGGGGCAGCAGCUGCUCCGGGCCGUGGUGGAGGACGACCUGAGGCUGGUGGUGCUGCUGCUGGCCCACGGCACCAAGGAGGAGGUCAACGAGACGUACGGAGACGGGGACGGACGCACCGCCCUGCAUCUGUCCUGUGCCAUGGCCAACGUGGUCAUCACCCAGCUCCUCAUCUGGUACGGUGUGGACGUGAAAAGUCGGGACGCGCGCGGCCAGACGCCGCUGUCCUGCGCCCGGCGGGCAGGAAGCCAGGAGUGUUCUGACAUCCUGCUCCAGCACGGCUGCCCCAAUGACCCGGUCAGCAGCCUCACCACCCCCAACAUGAGCCGCAGAAACCCCAAUGUUAACCCCAACCCUAACGUCAACAACAACAAUGCCCUCAGUGAGCUCAACCGCAGUGUCAGUAUAAUGUAGGACCAGGAGUGGAUCAUCCCAGAGCAGACCGGAGUAGACUUGACUCACCGAUCACCAAGGCCGUGAACAUAAACACACUGUGUCCCCAUAGAAGACCCAGUGACCGUACUACUCUCCCAGUCCCCAUUCUCCUCCUAUUCCGCUUCAUACUGUGUAACCUAAACUGAAUGACUGACAGUGGAGGCUUUUUUGGGCGCAACGGACAGGAUAGAGAUAUUCCAAGAUGCUGAGAGAGGCAGGCUUACCUGGUGGACAUUGUAUAUUGUACUUGUUUGGCUGUUGUUUUCUCAUAUCAUUGGCACAGCGGUACUGUCUGUGAGUAACAAUCAUGAUCAGUUUAAAGCUUUUUAUUGUUAUUAAGCAUCAACCAAAUGAAUGGCUCACCCCUCCCCUCUCUAGUAAAACAGUUAAUUUCUAUGCUUGAACAUUUUCUUUCCUGUCUUCCUCUGUUGGAGCCAAACUGUGUUUAUAUUGUGCUGUUUGAUGAAAUGACAAACUCCCUCCCAUAAUGCUUUUAUCCCUAUAUAGAGAAAGAUAAACACCUUCGUAACAUUUUGCUUUUAGAUACUCCAAAGGAACUUCCAUGUUGGACGCACAGCGUUUACUGAGUGGUAUCAUCCAUAGUCAUACAGGAAAGAAACUAUUCCUAUAGAUAGUGUAAUAGGGUUUACAACAAGUCCUCCAUAGCCCACCAAUUUCAGAAUUCAGAAGGUUCUAAAUUAACCAGUUAGUAUUGGUACUAUGAAGCCAUCAAACUCUUGACAUGCCAUUCAUGUAAAAAAGCAACGCAUGUCUAGGUGGAAGGUCAAAAAUGAUUGAAAUACUUUACUUACGGGCAAAAGGUUUAAAUCAUAAUUUGACAUUUCAGAGAUGAUUGCACAAUGGGAGAAUUUUGGGAGAUAGUUAAGUGAGUCAUUUGUUCUUCCACCCUGAUCACGUCCCGCUUGCAAAUCAUCCAUGAUUAUAAGGGAAUUGAGGGUCUGUUUUAUGAGCAUCAUGUCGAUUGGUUUUUGUAAAAAUGCCUCUUCAAUCAGAAAUCAUUCAGAGGAAUGAUUGAAGGAAGGAAAUUGUAUCAUUAAGAGAUCUUUGUUGGAGUAAUUUUUGGAUGGAUUUGAAGAGUGUUGAUAACUAUUUGACACAGAUCACAUAACCUGGCCCCUGCAGGCAUAAUGGAAUGUCUGUUCACCUCUUGUAGCCGAAGGCCCUGUAUAUUGGUACUCAUGAUUAUAUGUCUUUUGUUGAUGUGAACUAUGUGGUGCGUGUGUGGGUGUGUGCGGUGCACAUGUGUGUGCGCGUGUGUGAAUGAAGGAGAGACAGGAAGUGACUGGGUAAAUCUGUGUACGGACACCAUUGGGAGAAAAGGCCAGCAUUUAUAGUUGCUUGACUAAAAGGUUUUUGGAGCAAAAAAAGGUGUUUUCAAGUACAGACCACUGUAACAAGCAGGGGUUGGAACCGAAAACAGGAAAAUAACAUUUUUGUGAAACAGAAGCGAGGAAAUUAUCUAUACUGUUCCAGAACAGACCUGUUAUUUUAAAAGCAUGGUAACCGGUUAAUAAUGUUAUUUUAUGUUUCGGGGGAUUUUUUUCCAGGCACACAAAGAAAUGCAACAAAGAGCCUAUGCAAAGCCCUCACUCUGUCACUCAGAAACGUAUUCCAGUGCCUGCAAGCUGGAAAUCUUUGCCUGUGUGUGUUUAGGCUACCCCCCCCCCCCCUCCUCCCCCCCCGAAGCAUAGGCUACUGUACUGACAUUACAAGUGUGAUUCAGAAGACGGGGAGAGAUUUUUUAUUGGCUAGAGAAGAAUGGAUUCACUUUUUUCAAUGCUAGUUAAGGAUACUAUAGUUAUCACGUUUCACAUUGGAUUUAUUAACUACGAAAAGGAAGACGUUUUAAUUAUGGUGCCGCUCUGCACAAACAAGCUUGUUAACUAGCUCUGGUCCAGCAUUAAGCCAGCCCUCGGAACUCUCAGAGUGGACCGGACUGACCAAUCACCAAGGCCCAGCGCUUGCAUAGAAACCGCUCCUCUGUAGGUAGGGUAUAAUUCGGUGGGAUUAAUUCGGAUAAUGCAUGUCAUAACAAGCCAAGCCUCCUCCUCCACCCUCUCGCUCUCCCCACCCAGGGGAAUCGCAUCUCGCCCCCUACACUUGUCUGUCCAUCACACAUGUUAACAACUAGUUUGCCCGCUCCAUAGCAAGCUGCUCUAUCUGCACUGAUUGGUGAAGUAAUUUAUUGAACUAAAUGUAAAAAACUGUUCAUUCCACAGGCCAAAAAGGAAUGAUAGAAAAUGGAAUGGUUCAGUACUUUAUUUUGCUGGUCGGAACAGUGGAACGGAAUAAAAUAAAGUGGUGGUUCUGUUCAGAACGAAACGAUUGGAAAGUACAAUUGGUUGGUUGGUUCCAACCCCUAGUAAACAGUAGCUCGUCCUCCAAUAAGACUUAUCCUGAAGUGGUGUGGAUUAACGUUGACUACUGGAGUCGUUUUGAAGCUUUCCCUCUCAAUUCCUCUACAACCAAUGUGACUUUAACGAACCAUCCAACCCCUCACCCUUACUCAAGGGACCAAAACAGGUACAUUCAAGUGUCAAACCAUGGAGAUAAAGACUAAAAGGGUCAAGAUGGGAUGGAGAGAAAAGCCAAGAUAACUUGACAGUUUUUAUGGUAAUUCUUCAUGAUAAUAUCAUAUGUGUAUAUAUAUAGACGAGACAAAACAAGAUGGAGGAGGGACUUUCACAACAGGAACAUUCAAGUGGUAUUGGCAUAAAGUAUAUAGAGACAUUUCAUUUUCCUCGCUCUUCUGCCGUUUUAAGGUUUGAAAUUAAAACCCAGUUUUCUGGUCUUUAAAUGUACUAUGGCAGUGUUUAUGUUUACAGGGCAAAGGCUCUUCAUAUUAACGCUGUUACAUUAUCUACAUGGUUUUGUUAUUUCCCAGCAGGCUAAACUGGUUGGAAUUACGUUAGUACAACCUGGUUACAACCAUAUUAUAACCUGGUUGUAAACUGGUUGUAAUGAGGACAUUUAAACCAGCUUUGCCCCCCCCCCCCCCCCUCCCCCGCUGUGUUCCCUCAGUAUUUGUAGUUUAUUGAAACCCACAAGAUAUAAAGAUGUGGUCAAUCAGGAAUAGUGUCAAAUACAGUAUUCACUUUCAUCCCUGUUGGCCUGAAUUGGCCCUCAGAUUCAACCAAAUUACAUUUAGACUGAUGGUCAACAGAGCUUGUAGACAGCCUUACGUUAUAACUACAUUGACGAGUUGACCUUUUCCUUUGGUGUACAGUAGGUGUACAGUACGUGUACACACCACCAUGGCACCAACGUAUUUCAAUGAAUUCUCAAGUACAUUUCAAAGUAUGUCUGAUAUACGGUAGUAGAUUAUUUCCUAUAGAGGAGUUUGAGGUAUAUACUUACCUGAUGCCAUAGGACCAUAUUCACCCUUGUAAUAUUUCCCUUCCCCACUACUCUUAACGCUGCCUGACUAUAACCAUUAUUCUAAGCAAAAUGUUUCCCCCCAAAGACGGGCUGUUCUGAUAUGGCACCCUAUUGCCUAAAUAGUGCACUACUUUUGACCAGAGUUCAAUGCGAUACCUGGUCAAAAGUAGUCCACUAUAAACGGAGUAGGUUACUAUUUCGGACGUACCCAGGAUGUAGAUAUGGGUCCAAGAUUCUCUAUGACCAGACAAGCUCCCAGUCAAACAAUUGAAAAUAUUUUUGUUUUUUACAGUCAGUCUUCCUUGACUUGUAAACCCUAUUUUGAUAUCUUUUAAAUUUUUUCAUCAUUGUUCUUAAGCAUAUUUUUAGGUACUUUGGUUAGGUCUCAAUGUAGCUACAUUAUCUGACCAUUUGAGGUACUUUGUGUAUAAUGAUGUACAUUUGACAUAUUUAUAAUGCAGUAUGUAAAUAUUGUUUGUUUUUGUUUAAUUUUCCUAUUGUAUUUUUUUCUCUCUUUACGUUCGGAACGUGAGACAAAGCAUAAAGCUAAAGAGUUAGCUGCUGUGUGCUUGGAUGCUUGGCUGACUGUUGACCUAUUCAUCAAACACUCCAAUAAAACUAUGUAGCCUUUCCUGGAUUUGGG